AUGGGAGAAGCUACACAAAGGUAUGCAGUUGUGACUGGUGCAAAUAAAGGAAUUGGAUUAGAGAUAGUUAGACAGUUAGCUUCAGCUGGGAUCAAGGUGGUGCUUACAGCUAGAGAUGAGAAAAGGGGUCUUGAAGCAUUUGAAAAACUCAAAGACUCAGGUCUAUCUGACUUUGUAGUUUUUCAUCUGUUAGAUGUGGCUGAUGCUCAAAGUGUAGCUUCUCUUGCAGAUUUUAUCAAAUCUGAAUUUGGAAAACUUGAUAUUCUGGUGAACAAUGCAGGGGUUAAUGGAGUUGUAAUUAAAGACACUGAUUUAUUCACUUUAGCUAUCAUGAAUCGUGGGGCAUUAUCCGAAGAUGACAGGGCAAAGGCAAUGACUCAAACAUAUGAGUUAGCUGAAGAAUGCUUGCAAAUAAAUUAUUAUGGUGCCAAAAUAACUGUUGAAUCCCUUCUUCCCCUCCUCCAGUUGUCUGAUUCACCAAGAAUUAUAAAUGUGUCAUCCACCUUGGGGCAGUUAGAGAGUGUACCAAAUGGCUGGGCUAAAGGAAUCUUCAGUGAUGCUGAUAACCUUACAGAAGAGGGAGUGGAUCAUGUGUUGAGGAAUUUUGUCAAAGAUUUCCAAGAAGCUUCAUUAGAAAACAAAGGGUGGCCUAAGACUCUAGGUGCCUAUAUUAUCUCUAAGGCCGCUAUGAAUUCCUAUACAAGAAUUCUUGCAAAGAAUUUAACAGAAAAUUUCCCUUCUGUGUGCAUCAAUAGUGUUUGCCCUGGUUAUGUCAAAACAGAUAUAACAGCCAAUACUGGCUUCUUAACAGUUGAAGAAGGUGCUGCUAGUCCUGUGAGGCUAGCACUGCUUCCAAAUGGUGCUCCAUCUGGACUCUUCUAUUACCGGAGUGAAGUUUCUUCCUUUUGA